UAUUAUACAUAAAUUAAUUUUGGGUGACAAUAUGAUUCAUUAAAAAUGAUGUCAUCGUGAAGUGUACAGGAUAUGAUUAUUUGUAUUUUUAAAAAAAAGAAGUUUUUAUGGCAAUCAUCCAGGCCAGAGGUGGCAGUAGUGAGUUCCGGGCAGCUGGGUGUUUGGGCUCCGUAGGAGUGGCUCAAAUGUUUCGACAUCACCUCACCCGGCGUGAACGACAUCGGCCAAGCUAGAUGGUACUUCGACACGGCAGCUAACGUUGGGGUUUACAUUUCCAGAGGAAGAGAUCUCCAUUUACUUCAUUGUGGAGCCAUACUGUACGUUACCACCAUGGCUCUUUACGAAUAUGUCACUCAGGACCAGCUGGCGGGCUUCGACAAAUACAAGUACAGCGCAGUGGACUCGAACCCCCUGUCUGUGUACGUCAUGCACCCUUUCUGGAACUUUGUGGUGAAGUUUCUACCAACAUGGUUGGCUCCGAACCUCAUUACAUUUACGGGCUUUAUGUUCCUUGUGUUGAAUUUCCUUAUGUUGGCCUUCUACGACUUUGACUUCACUGCCUCUGCUGCAGGACAUGAACACGUGCCUAGUUGGGUCUGGGUUCUUGCAGGGUUCUUCAACUUCUUGGCCUAUACACUGGAUGGAGUUGAUGGUAAACAGGCUCGCCGCACCAACUCCUCCACGCCUCUAGGAGAGCUGUUCGACCACGGCCUGGACAGUUGGGCCUGCAUCUUCUUCGUGGCGACCGUCUACUCUAUAUUUGGGCGUUUGGAAAGUGGUGUGGGCGUGGCCACUCUGUACUACAUCCUGUGGGUGGUGCUGUUCUCCUUCAUCCUCUCUCACUGGGAGAAAUACAACACUGGCAUCUUGUUUCUGCCAUGGGGAUAUGACAUCAGCCAAGUGACAAUCUCCCUGGUUUACCUGGUCACUGCUGUCGUAGGCGUGGAAACAUGGUACCAGCCAAUCCUGUGGCACUUCCUCUACAGAGACCUUUUUACCUUCAUGAUCAUCGCUUGUUCCUUCACCGUGACCUUACCCAUGAGCCUCAUCAAUGUCCUGAAGGCUCAGCGCACUAAGACUCUGAAGCACAGCAGCCUUUACGAAGCCUUCCUGCCCUUCCUCUCUCCCGUCCUCCUCUUCGUGUUGUCCACCAUCUGGGUGGUGUUCUCUCCAUCCCGCAUCCUGGAGCUGCAGCCCAGGAUGUUCUACCUCAUGGUGGGGACGGCCUUCGCUAAUGUCACGUGUAAGCUGAUUGUGUGCCAGAUGAGUAACACACGUUGCCAGGCGCUGAGCUGGCUGUUGUUGCCCAUGACGCCGGUGGUGUUGUUAGCGGUGACCGGCGUGGUCGCCAACGAGUCCCUGCUGCUGUAUCUGUGGACUGCUGCUGUCAUAUUAGCACACAUACACUUCGGUCUUUCAGUGGUACAACAGCUAAGCAGCCACUUCGGCAUCUUGGCUUUCUCCCUGAAGAAGCCCAACACUGACUGACAGGAGGAGGAGCAACGAAUCGGCUUGAAAGCAGCAGAGGUUUAGGCUCCUCCCAUCCUCCGCUUAUCGACACUUCACUCUCGUCACCACGGAAACCACAUCCCCUUGCCUCCUCCAUCUAUGAGGACACUGCAAGUGGAAUGGACUGCUUCCACUGUCCCCAAACACACACAAAAACACACAUACAUGCACACACAUUCCCAACAAACUAACCAACCAAACUCUGGUCUCUGCGCUGGAGGCGGGCCCAGGGGUUUUGGCUUCCGUCAUUGGUGAUUGGCUAACUUGGUUGAGCCAAUGAGGUGCAAUUGUUUCCUGCGGAAAUGUGCUUCAGUCAUGAGGACAGGAGCCAUGAAAACACAUGCACACACACACACACACACACAUACAUAUUACUCUGCUUUCAUGCAGAUAAUUUAUAUCUGGUGGCAGGUAUUUCAAAUAAAAACACAGCCACACACAAACUAACUGUUGCACUCACAUAGUAUUAUGAAUGUAUAAUAUGCCUUGGGGAAACGCCAUUUAAGUUUUAUUAUAUUAACAGGAAUGCCUCAAGUAGUGUUGUUUUCAAACCUGACCAAACCUGUAAAUUGUGGCUCGUAGAUCAGAGCUGUGUCCAGAGUUUAGAGGUUCAGUCACCUUCUUCAUCAUGGGACGAUUUUCAGUCGGAAUUCCCAGCGAUAUAUGUUAAUAGCUAUAAAUAUAUAUACUGUAUGUGUUAAAGGGUUCGGGGCAUUUUAUUUUCAAACAGAAAUGAAACUUUAAAAAAGAAGAAGAUAACUCCUGUGAAACAUUGUAUACAUUUCUCUCUAAUUAAUUCCGUGUUCUGCUCUGUGACGGCGGUUCUGAUGAGUAACAGAGUUGGAUCGUGACUAACCAGGGCAGGAAGUGACCAGGGUGACCGCUGACCUUUGAACUUUAUUAACCUUUCCACUUGGACCUCUGACGGAGCACUGGCCUCCCGGCUACCCCUACCUUGAGGUGUCGUGUCUUCAUGCUGAUUCGUUUAUUUAAUUUUUUUAAAUAUGUUUGAUAGCUUUUUUUUUUAAUCUGUUGCCAUGGCAAUGGUUUGUGGAUCAGUUGUGCAUCGCUUGAAUGAAGAGUGUGUUCAAAAGCCGUUACCGGAGCGGACUCACUCUGAGGGAACAAGCCGUCGCACCGCUCACAGAUUUUAUCACAUCUUUUUUUUACUGUCAGAUAAUGUUGUGCUUCUUUAUUCUUCAGUCUGUUAAACACUUAAUUUUUUCUGUGUGUGUGUCAUAGGAUGUUUCCUUGGUAAAGUUGCAUAUUGAGCUGUGGCAGACUGGACUUUGGUUUGACAUCAAACUGUUUUUUCACUGCCGGGCCAAAUCCCAUUUGACAAGGCUCACCGAUCGUGUUCGCUUCCCAACAAAGACUGUUUGUCCGUAGCUUGGAGGAAAUACUUUCUUUUAUGUGUAACCCAACUCCACUUGGUUUAAAAGUCUUGUCUUUCUUCACGGACUUUCCCAUAGUUGUUGACAUACUCUAGGAGAAAAGUCCCCGCUGCUUCUUUCAAGAGACUCGCAUUGCCAAACUUGGCCGGAUUGAUGCCUUAUGAUCAAUGUGGAGUAAAGAUUGAGUCUGCGUCCACCCCAAUUCAGGCAUGUCACUUAAAGACAUGUUUGAGUGGCACUCAAUGGCUCAUUGAUUAGCGGUUACCUGAUCGGACGGAUUUGUUGUAAAUGCAGCUCAAGGGAUUUAGUGUUCCACGAGUGUCUGCUUCACCUAUAUACAAUUAAGUCCAUAGAGUCUGCCGGGCCUCUGGCUCACAUUUCAAGCCCCAAUUUUACCGCUUUAAACACACAAAAAACCCGGGGCAACCAGUCGACUAAACAUCUGUUUCUGAAGGACAACUGUAAAAAUGAACCACAAUAACAACUCUUGGGAAAGCCUUAUGAACAGCAUUUGGAGUUCUGUCAUGCCAGUCUGAAUAUGAAGUCACAGUAAUAAUCUUCUAUACAUGAAAGUGUUGGGAUAAUUAGGACUAAAAGGUACAUAGGAAACAUUAAAUACACUAGGAAUUCAAAUACAAAAUGUACUUGGAGUUUAAUUCUACUCCUACAUUUUUACCACAGUUUUGUAUAUAAUUGAGCAACACUGAACAUUUGAUUCCAGCCUUGUUGUAGUGUUCCAGUAUGAUGACUGGGAGGAACCAACUCUACUGCCAUAAUACCCAGUAAAGUAGCCCGGGUUGCUUUGUAGCACUCCUGCUCUGCAGCUGGGGAACGCUCUCUUGCAGUCAUAAGCACAUAAACAGUAUAUAGGAAUUUGAUUUGCCCCACAUUUGUGACUUUGGAGACUAUUGAUGAGAGAUUUCACAACCAAACAGUUAUUUUGGUGGGUACAUGCGCUGUCUAUGUAUGUGCAGAUCUAUGUGUCUGUUAAUGUAUGGGUGGAUAUCUGUGUAAAUACAUAUAUUAUUUCCUCAUUUUUAUUUUGUUUUGCAAACUACAAAUGGGAUCCUUAUCCAGUUUCCUCCAAACGUCUGAUUCCAACACUGCAAAGCUACAACUUUGUCUUGGUAGUCCUUUGUUUCUUGUUUUGUUUUUUUAUGUUUGUUUAUCUUUGCUGCUCUACUGGCUGAUUGGGAUCUGGUCUUUUCUUUUGGAAAUUAUUUCAGAAGGGAAGGCGAAGACCUUGAGAACAAUCGGUACAAACAACGCUAAAUGCAACAAGGGAUUUUGUGUCAUAUCAUUAGGAAUAUUUUAUUUGGGUCAGAAAAGAAUGCCAUUUCAAAAAAACAUGUAACAUUUCAGACGGAAUAGAGCAGCAACAACGUGUAAAUGGACAGAGAAAUAAUCGUCAACUAUUUUGAUAAUGGCAAAACCUUCAGAAAAUGCCGUCUCCAGCCUCAGAUAUUUUCAGCUUUUUACCGUUUUAAUGUCAUCUUAUUCUGAAUAUCUUUGGGUUUUUGACUUACGGUACAAGACAUUUAAAGACAUCACAUGUACUUCGAGAAACUGGGAUGGACAUUUUUGACUAGUUUCUGAUAUUUUAUAGAUCAAAUGAUUAAUGGAUUAUUUAAGAAAAUAAUUGUUGCAACUCUAGCUGCACCGACCAUAAAACGAAUGAGAUACUCAUCCAGUCGUCAAGGGAAUUUACCAGUUUAUUUUCUGAGCAAAUUUUCUGGGCACUUUUUGUAGUGUACUCCUCACAUUCACUCAUUAUAUUGUAAGAAAACGGUCUGAAUCGCCCUGGAUCAACAAACAAAGCUGUUGAAAUUGUGAUAAGUUGUUGUUUAACGCUGCCCUGGCGAACACUCUGAGCUUCGGUGUGGCUACUUGUGAUGUUGUAUUUAACCAGUGAAGAAAGAACGGUCCAGAUACAAAUAAAAGAGAAUUUUCUUUAACCACUU